AUGGCGACGGAUAUUCCAAAUACCUCGAACAUUCCACCUCCAAACCCCAACGAUCUUCCACCACCUUAUUCUGCGGUCGUGGGUAAUCCUCAGUACGGUUUCGUGGUCCCGGGCGGACCGGUUCCAACUGCCGAUGGUGUUUAUCCACAGCCAAAACAAUUCACUGCUACGGGAGUGUACCCUCACCCUGUGACGACUGCUCAGCCCCAAGCCGGGGAUGUUCCACCUCCUCCGCCUGGUAUGAGCGUGCCUAUUGGAGUGGUGAUGCCGCCCGCGGUCGGCAGCGAGCCCACAACCGUAACCUGUUAUAAUUGCGGAAAAGUUGUAACAACCAAAGUCAUAUACACAACAGCCUGGCACACGCACCUCGUAGCAGGAUCUAUUUGUGUUAUAACAAUGGUUUGUUCACUAUGCUGCCUUGGACUGGUUCCAUACUGUUUCGAUACAUUCAAAGAUGCCGAGCACUAUUGCCCCAAUUGUAGAACAUUUAUCGGAAAAAGCAAUAAAUGCUAG